AUGGGAGGGUGGGAUGCAGUUGCCGCGUCAGUGAGCGGUGUCAACCCUAGCGCCUAUGGCUCCCAAGGGGGCCCCAUGUACCGUCCCGUCGUAAAGCCGACUGAGUACACCGACGACACAUUAAUUACGGUUCCCGUACUGGAUUUGGAAGCUUUACAAGGAGGUCAUGGAUCGAACGACGAGGGAGCAUUAGGAGAACUCUCCAAGAAAGAAGGCAAACUCCAAAAUCGUUCGACAUUCUUCCGCCACAAGCCGUCAAGUUCCCAAUCUGCUUCGAACAGAAAAGUCAACGUCAGCAUUCGCCAGGGCACGAGGAGACAAUAUCUGAAGCAUUACGCAAAGGACGGCCAGGGGCGAUACAUCGGCACGGAAGACCCUGCAGAAGACUGUGUUUUGGACGGAGAAGACUCCAGUCGGUGGAGAGGCCAACCGACAGGAUCAGGGAUAGCUACAGCAGGAGGGACAUCGACAGCGGAUGAGACAAACCCGAAGGCCCCAGUGGAAACUCCCAAUGUGGUGAAAGAUGCAGCUGAUAGGAGAGGAAACAGGCCUAGCAAGCGGUCGACAAGGAAACGAAACCAAGUGAAAACAACACUAAAACUGUUGACGUGA